CUUAACAUAUAGCUGCUUCAGAAGCAGGCCAUCGAGGCAGCAUGCCGGGCUCUGAGGAUGAGUUUAAAUGCUGCACUCGGGACUUUCUCUUCACUUGUGUGAACUUGUUGUCUUUCCUGCUUGAUAUAGGGUUGGAUAUAUGGGCUGCUGUGUCCCUCUACAAGCAGGAGGCCUACGUGUACUUUAGCCUCCUGCUGCUGUUUCUCUUGGGCUCGUCCAUGUUGGUUCAGGUGUACAGCUGGCUGUGGUACCGCUACGAUGAUUUUAAGAUGAAGACAAAGAUUGAGAAGAAGCCGAGCCAGUGCCAGCUCAAGCUGCUGCAUGUUUUCCAGCUGGGGAUCUUCUUCAGGUAUGCAGGAGUCAUGGAGAAGUCUGUGCAAAGCUUAUACAGAAAGCGCGCUGACGCUGAGAGUGUGGCCAAGUUUCUGAGACAGGAUCUCCGCAUUUUGCGCUUCAUAGAGACGUUUUCAGAGAGCGCCCCGCAGCUUGCUCUCAUGCUCACCAUCAUUCUGCACGAAGGUCGGCUGGAUCCUGUUACAGUGUUGAAGGCCAUCGGCUCGACUUUGUCCAUCGCCUCCUUUUUGACCACCUACGAUCACUCAAUGCGCGCCUUCCUGCCAGAGAAGGAAAGACACCACAUGAUCUCAUUAGUUUUCUACUUCAUCUGGAACCUGGUUCUCAUCUCUUCUCGCAUCGCUGCUCUCGCUCUUUUUGCCUCCGUGCUGCCCUGCUUCAUCUUCGCCCACUUCAUCUGCUCUUGGCUGGUUUUAUUCUUCUUCGCUUGGCGAUCCAAGACCAACUUCAUGGAUGACCCUCGUGGAGAAUGGCUUUACAGAACCACUGUUGGCCUCAUUUGGUAUUUCAACUGGUUUAGUGUGGCCAAGGGGAUGAGGAUCAGGUCCAUGCUCUAUCACGCGUAUAUCCUUAUUGAUAUUUGCAUCCUCUGUGGUUUGUGGUGCUGGAAGAUGAGCACAGAUCCUCCUGAUUUUGUGACACACCCUUUAACCACGGCUGCCUGUGUUGUUGCUGUUUACAUCCUUGGUCUGUUAUUUAAAUUUAUUUAUUAUACGUUCUUCCAUCCAAACCUUGAUAAAGAUAAGCUGAGAGGGGCCACUGUCACAGAGGAGCAACCUGAAGAUGAAGAGCGAUCUCAUUCAGUUCCUACACGUCCCCUUAAGGCCACUGACAAUAAAAGAAUGAGGAAGCUGGCCGAGAACUUCUUCUGCUGACCUGCAUCAUUUGACAUCCACAGGACAUGAGAUUAGAAAGAGACUGAGUCAUGUAGGUCACAAGGCUGUGUGGGACUGAGGACUGAGCUGCUGCCUGAUUACAGAUACAAUAUCGAAUUAUUUUACUCAGGUUGAUGUGGGGAUGAAUGUACAGAAACUCUUUAUGCUCUGUAUUAACUGGUGCUUCCCUCUAAUGAAGCAUUUAAAAUGCCUCACUUGUUACAUGCUUGUAUGAAAUAGUGAUGGGUUGACAAUAAGAUGAGUUUGCUAAUGCUAAUGAAUGGGUCUGCCUCCCUAAAAUAUAUGACAGUAUUAAACCAGUAUAAAAAUCAUGUUUAAAGGAUUUUAAUUGGCCAUUUUAAAAGAACGUGGAAUGGCAUUUCUAUAUUUGUGUGUGUGUGUGUGUGUGUGUGUGUGUGUGUGUGUGUGUGUGUGUGUGUGUGUGUGCGUGCGUGUGUGUGCUUUUUAAAUUCCCAUUUUAAAUUCCCUUGUGUGGAUGUGUCCAUUUUCUUACACAGUAGCGUUGAUGUAGGAGAUGUGAAAUAGGUAUAAAGGUAUUAAUGAGGUACUGACAUAGAAGCAGCAAAAAUACAGAAAGUGAAAGAAAUAAAAUAUAGAAAGAAUAAUAAAACCAUUCUGGUUGUAGGUGUUAACAUGCAAUUUAACACCUACUAUGUAAUUGAGGGGUGAAGUUGUCCAUGUGUGAAUGUGUACACGUGCAUGUGUGUGCAAAUGCAUAAAUAUACAAAGAACUCAGAAAAUCUCAGAUCUUUGUGUUGCUUAGUGUGGAAAAAGUAAGGAAACAACUAACUUCCAUAUGCUGGUCUCAGGUGUUCUUUUUUUCUUUUAAUUCUCUUACUUCACUUAAUUUUCCUCCUUUUUGUGGUCAGUGUGUUUACAUAUAUUAAUGUGUCAGUACUGCGUUCCUGU